AUGUCUGCUUUGACAAACACGAGUCCAGUUAAGUAUGACGAUACGGAGUAUGGGAUCCCGGCUGUUUGUUACUGUGGUGAAAGGCCAAAGCUACAACCUUCUUUUACAAGGACAAACCCAGGGAGUCUCUACUACACAUGUCGAAAUAGAGAGGAUGGGGACUAUCAUAUUUUUAAAUGGUGGGAUGAAGCUAUGAUGGAGGAACUUAAAUCAGUGAAGGAAGAUAUUCUAAAGUUGACUUGUUUGAAUCAAAUGCGUGAAGCGCUUCAGGACCAAAAAGAGGAGAUUGCUAAUAUCUUAAAUAUGCACAAAGAAAAUCAGAUGGAGUUGGGAAGGCUGAAGGCGUUGAUUGCAAACAAGAGUGAUGGAUUAACUAUGGAGUUAAAACUGACGAAUGUGUUUGUUGCGACUUUGUUUAUUAUAUUUGGUUUAGUCACAUCUGUUUACGUCUCAAAAACAAUGACUGUUUGA